AUGCGCGACAAUAGCAUACUUGCAGCUAGGGGUGGCAUCAGGCAAUCUCUGUACUCUAAUAUUUUCGAGAUAUCUGCCGCUAUGAUGAUGUCUUUUAUUGCUCGCGGGCUGUCCAGCAUCAACGGUCACUUAUUUUGUUACUCGGCCAUUUCUUCUGCAUCAGUUGUUCUUAUACUUCCGGGCUCUAUUGUUUUGUCAAGCUCACUCGAGCUUGCAUCCCGGAGUCUUGUGAGCGGAAGCGUCAAAAUGGUUUACGCCAUUGUGUAUUCCUUGUUCCUUGGAUUUAGCUUAACUAUCGGAAGUGAUCUCUACUAUCUGGUGGACCAAUCUGCUCGGCCCCGCAUUGCCGCUGGGAUGGCAAAUGUUACCGAUUCCUACGACCUUCCUGGAAUUUUCACCGGCGAUAAUGGUCAGGUUGUGUUCUCCGGCGCAUUCACCUUCUUAAAACCCGCUGCCUCGGUCACCAAUACGGUUAAUAUCAUCUCAUCAAUGUGGAAGCUUCAGCCCUUUCUGAGCAAGCAGCUCCCAGUCAUGGUCUUUAUUAGCUGUUGCUCCUAUGCCGCCAACAAAGCUGCCAAUCGGUACAUUUUCAAUCGGAGCGAUAUCGUUUCUGCGAUAGGUGCAUUCGUUACAGGUAUACUUGGGAAUGCUUACGCCCGUAUCUUUCGCGGUACUGCGUACACUGCGAUGGUGACAGCGGUCGGAUUCUUGGUACCCUCGGGUAUUGCCGCAGCAGGAGGGCUUGCUCAGACCUACGAAAACUCCGAAGGGGAUCAAUACAGUACAGGUUUAGCCCUCGGUUUCCGUAUGGUGCAAGUUGCAAUCGGAUGCACUGUCGGACUUUUCGGAGCUGGAGUAGUUGUCUAUUCAUUUGGGUCAACGAAGCGUUCAGGAUAUUUCGCGUUCUAG